GCGUGGCCUAUAAAAUCGACUCCAAUCCCCGCCCGUCUCCUCCGUUACCCCAUCGGGCACGCGGCCGGCCAAGAGAGGACUAGCGGAGAUGUCGUCGUGCUCGUCGGAUCUGGCGCCGCUCCUGGGCGGCGUCGCCAACUCCUCGGCGGCCGCUAGCUACAUCUGCGACCAGUUCACGGACGUCGGAUUCGCCAUCGACAACACCUACCUCCUCUUCUCGGCCUAUCUCGUCUUCUCCAUGCAGCUCGGCUUCGCCAUGUUGUGCGCCGGCUCCGUGCGCGCCAAGAAUACCAUGAACAUCAUGCUCACCAACGUGAUCGACGCGGCGGCCGGGGGGCUCUUCUACUACCUCUUCGGUUUCGCCUUCGCCUUCGGCGGCCCCUCGAACGGUUUCAUCGGGAAGCACUUCUUCGGCCUCAAGGAGGUGCCGCAGCCCAGCUUCGACUACUCCAACUUCCUCUACCAGUGGGCCUUCGCCAUUGCGGCCGCCGGUAUCACCUCCGGCUCCAUCGCAGAGCGCACCCAGUUCGUUGCCUACCUCAUCUAUUCCUCCUUCCUCACCGGCUUCGUCUACCCCGUCGUCUCCCACUGGUUUUGGUCGGGUGACGGAUGGGCUGCCGCGGGGCGGAACGCCGGAGAGUCGCUGCUGUUCAAGUCAGGGGUGAUCGACUUCGCGGGGUCGGGCGUGGUGCACAUGGUGGGGGGCAUCGCGGGGCUGUGGGGCGCCCUCAUCGAGGGCCCCCGCAUCGGCCGCUUCGACCACGCCGGCCGCUCCGUGGCCCUCCGCGGCCACUCUGCCACCCUGGUGGUGCUCGGCACCUUCCUCCUCUGGUUUGGCUGGUACGGCUUUAACCCUGGUUCCUUCAACACCAUCUUCAAGACCUACGGCCCCAGCGGCUCCAUCCAUGGCCAGUGGUCUGCCGUCGGCCGCACUGCCGUCACCACCACCCUCGCCGGCUGCACCGCGGCGCUCACGACUCUGUUCGGGAAGCGCCUCCAGACGGGCCACUGGAACGUGGUCGACGUCUGCAACGGCCUUCUCGGCGGCUUCGCGGCAAUCACCUCCGGCUGCUCGGUGGUGGACCCGUGGGCCGCCCUCAUCUGCGGCUUCGUCUCCGCAUGGGUGCUCAUCGGGUUCAAUAAGCUCGCCGCGACGCUCAAGUUCGAUGACCCCCUCGAGGCCGCGCAGCUGCACGGCGGCUGCGGCGCCUGGGGGAUUAUCUUCACGGCCCUCUUCGCCAGGGAGAAGUACGUGAACGAGGUAUAUCCAGGGCGCCAGGGGCGGCCCUACGGGCUGUUCAUGGGUGGCGGCGGGCGGCUGCUGGCCGCCCACAUCGUGCAGAUCCUGGUGAUCACCGGGUGGGUGAGUUGCACCAUGGGCCCGUUAUUCUUCGCGCUCCACAAGCUCGGGCUCCUCAGGAUCUCCUCCGAGGACGAGAUGGCCGGGAUGGACCUCACCCGGCACGGCGGCUUCGCCUACGUCUACCACGACGAGGAUCCCAGCUUGGACGACGGCAGCUCCAGCGGCGGGUUCAUGGUCAAAUCCUCGGCGGUCCGGGUGGAGCCGAGGACCACUCCAGCUGCCGCCACCAGCCAGGUGUAAUCAUUGACGGAUCGUUUCUUUCUUUUCCGAGGGCGGCGUGGUUGACUAAUUCCGCACUGUGCACUGUGCACUGUGGUAGAACGAGACGUGCGUCGUGUUCUUUUCUUUUCCUGCUAUAGUCUUAUUUCCAUGUUCCUUUCCUGGGGGGAGGGGCAUAUGUACAGGGUGAUAGGGUUUAUGUGGUGACCGGUGAAUCCGGCAGUGUGUGUCGAAAGAUUAGGUUAUGGGUCUCUCUCUUCUCUCCGUUCGUGCAUUGUCUACUUGCGAUGACAAUUCUGGAGUAUCAGUAAUGCCAUCUCUUUUAUUCUGUUUCUAUAUA